AUGCAUAAAACAUUAUAUUCUACUUGCUUGGUCUUUCAAUCAAGAUAUUUUUUUAUCCUUCAUAAGAAUAAGAUUAAAGAUAAAAUUUUUAUUUGUAUGAACGAGUUAAAAAAUUUUUUGCUAUCAAAUAAUAUUAUAUCAACAACUGUGAUCUGUAAUAAUUGUAGAGAAUUAUAUCCUUUGAAUGGGCUAAUUGCUGGUUCAUCUGUGAUACUGUAUAGAUGCCCAAAGCGCAAAUGUCAAAAGCGACAUUACUUGUUUCUCUUUCGGAUUCCUCUAGCGGAUGUAGUGCACUUGAUUUAUCUCCUCAUGCUUGAUCUAAGCUAUAGUCAGAUCAAUUAUUUUUGGUUUGUAUCCGACUCUACAAUAGAAAGAUAUAAAGCUCUGCUUCUAGAUGCAUACUGGGUCUAUAUCCAACAAAGACCAGUUCUCUUAGGCGGACCGGGUAUUAUCGUUGAAGUUGACAAGAGUGUUUUAUCAAGACGUGGGGUUGUUUGCUGCACUACGACCGCAGAUGAUACUAUUCUCGAUACAGUUUGGAUACUCAGCGAUAUUGAUAGAACACAUCAGUGA